AUGUCCCGGCCGCGGUUUAAGUGUUUGAUGUGGCUCGCGAGUGCGGUGUGUCACCCAUUGUCACCCAUGCGAGACUUGGUUCCGGAUGCAGCAAUGCCAGGGAGAGCUACUGAUGAUUACUCUAACCCGCCUCUUGCGGCAUGGCGUUCGAUCGAUACGGCUGUGGCUAUGGUAAAAAGGAAAGGGGACUUGAGAUGA